UUUCCGUCAACUGCACCUCCUGGCGUCGCACUGUGAAGGAGUCGAGCGAACGAUGAACGAGAACGCUGUCAAUCCAAGUGCCAGCCAUCUCUACGUUCGCCAGCAAUUGCGCCAGCGCCUCGAAACGUGCCAGCGUCUCGAGACGUAUCAGCGUCGCCAGAAGACGUGCGAAACACAAUACGACCGCCAUCGCUUUCAGGUCGUCCAGCGAGGCCAAGAGGAGGUCCGACGACUGCGCCAGCUGCUUGGCGACGUCGCGACGAGAAAGAACCUGCAGACUCAGCCACGAAACGGCGUCAAAAUACCGGCGGUCGACCAUCAAAGCUUUCAAGGAAAUGCGGACGACAUGCAGGGGCACGUUCGUCGUGCUACGUCGCCCGUUUUGAUGUCGUUUGCGCAGCACAACGGCGGCUGGAAAAGCCAAACGUUACCGAGUCACUCGGGCCGCUUGCCUUCUCGACCUCCGACGUCACAGCGUGUCACGUGGUCAUCGUAUAACGCAACUGAAUACGCGAGGUCAAUGUCGUUUCCGGGUGACGCUGUGAGAAACUGGGACGAAACGGGCCGUGCUGUGCCGUCCGUUGUGAAGAGAGAGAGCGGGAGCGCGCUACCAAGUUGUGUGUUCUCGCGGGGGCCCCCGCCGGGGAGUAAACCUGAUGUGUCCAUGCCAGGUGACGACCUCCAGUCGUUCAUCACGCAGGCUUUGGAGGAAUACCCGUCGAACAAUCCGCAGGCGUCGUCGUCAACCGAUAAGCAGACAGCAUUCGACCUACUGGAGGAGGUGAUGUGGGAGUCGCAGCCAGAGAUGAUGAGAGAGACGCAGCAGAGCAUGAGGAUCAAUCAGGAGAUGCGUCGAUCGGAUCCUGUGUCUAUACAGCAAGCCAAGAGUCUUCCCAGCUCGCCGCAGCAGUUGAGACAUUCGAUGUUUGAAGACCGAGGACGAUUGGUUGUUGCUUCGAAUAUGUCUCAGGCGAGCAAUGAAGCGCCGGUGCAUUAUUAUAGUCAACAAGUUGACGCUCGACACAACCAGGCUGUCGCAUACAGACAGCCGGUGUCUACGACCGUGUCUCAUUGUCAGCAGCCAAUCAUCGAUGGAUCAACCGGUUCGGUACAGUCAGCCGGUUUUAUGUUACCGUUCGGGCAACAGUCUCAGACGCAGCAGCAUGUUCAGGCGCAGCCAAUGCUCAGUCAGCACGUUCAGGGUCAGCACGUUCAGGGUCAACACGUUCAAGGGCAACAACUUCAGGUGCAACGACAGCAGCCGUCGUGGCAGUUGCAUCAGGAGAUUGGCCAGUGUGCAGCACCGAGAGAGCUCGAGAAGCAUCGACAGCAGUUGCAGAGGUCGUCGGCUCCUGGUGGUAUGACAGCCGCUAUACAACAACAACAGCAACAACCUCAAAUUGCUAUCCAACCACCGUCAGCUGUUGCGUUCUCACACAUGGGGUCGUCUAACAACGGGAUGAUGCAGAUGUCCGAUCAGUCGUUUCCAGGUAGAAAUCGUCAGUUGAAGGCACCACGCCACGGCAGCUUUCCCGGAUGGCCUCCGUCGCUUCCAAGCAAUGACAUGUUCGGUACGCAGAGUCGCGAUCGAAGUAACUCAUUCCACGGCCAGUCGAGUAAACUAAGCGUCCCCUAUCCCACACGACCUCUGACUCCUCCUCUGAGAUCACAGAGCAGUACAGUUAUUAGUCAUGAUGUGUCGUCCUCCCUUGCCAGUACUAUGCCAUUCAGUCACUUCCUGCCACAAGCCAGUGCUCCUUUACCUGGUGAUAAUCUGAGUAAUCACAAGGGUUCCACAGGAAGUAUUACAAAUAUCGUCAAUAGUCUUCUUGACAGAGAUGCCACUCAUCCCGUUGACUUAUUUUCGAGUGCCACUUCUCUACAGAAUGACAGCGAGCUGGAGUUCGAUCGAAUACUCAGCGAUCCGCCGUCGGGAUUCGAUUUACUGAGAGAAAUUGGGAACUGUGUCGAUGACAGUAUGAUGGACAUCGGGACAACAGCAUAGUGGCAAUGCACGUUGACUAGAAUAGAUUUGUAGCUGUUUGAGAGACACUUUAUAGAGUAACAACAACAAAUGUGUCAGUUGUGCUGACAAUAUUUAGCUUUAUGUAUGUUUUCUAAGUGACAGAGUAUGGUAUGUGUACAGUGAGCUGAAUUAUCCGCCUGUAGCCACUUUGUAGGGCAUCCUUAGUAUCUUGUGGGUGUUGAGGGGUAGUGUGGUCACUAGAGCUAAUCUUACUGCAUUUAUGUUA